AUGGAGAACGGCUCAGCCAGCCCGGGAGCCGCACUGAGCGGCAGCGGCAAUGAGACACUGGGCAGGAUGCCCCGGCAGCCCCUAGAGCUGCAGGUGGUCACCAUCCUGCUGGUGCUGAUCAUCUGCGGGGUGGGCAUUGCGGGCAACGUGAUGGUGGUGCUGGUGGUGCUGUGCACCAAGGACAUGGUGACCCCCACCAACUGCUACCUGGUGAGCCUGGCGGUGGCCGACCUCAUCGUGCUGCUGGCGGCUGGGCUGCCCAACGUUUCGGAAGUGGUGGCGUCUUGGGUGUACGGCUACGCUGGCUGCCUCUGCAUCACCUAUUUGCAGUACUUGGGCAUCAACAUCUCUGCCUGGUCCAUCACUGCCUUCACUGUGGAGCGUUACAUCGCAAUCUGCCAUGCUAUCAAAGCACAGCUCCUGUGCACUGUGUCCCGCGCCAAGCGCAUCAUCUCCUCGCUGUGGCUCUUCACCUCCGUCUAUUGCCUCAUGUGGUUCUUCCUGGUGGACACAACCCAAGUCACCUUCUCAGAUGGGGCACAGGUCAGCUGUGGCUAUCGGGUCUCCAGGAGCCUUUACAUGCCCAUUUACUUCUUGGAUUUUGCUGUCUUCUACAUCAUCCCACUGGGGUUGGCAGUUGUCCUCUAUGGCCUCAUUGCCCGCAUCCUUUUCAUGAACCCCCUGCCCACCAGCCUGCAACACUCCUGCCCUGGCUCCAUGCACCAGGGCAGCUCCCUCAAGCUCUCCUGCCAGGGCAACAGGGGGGCUCUGAGCUCCCGCAAGCAGGUGACCAAGAUGCUGGCUGUUGUGGUGGUCCUCUUUGCCCUUCUGUGGAUGCCUUAUCGCACACUAGUGGUGGUGAACUCCUUCAUGGACCCUCCGUACCUGAACAUCUGGUUACUUCUCUUCUGCCGCAUGUGCAUCUACCUCAACAGUGCCAUCAACCCCAUCAUCUACAGUCUCAUGUCACAGAAGUUCAGGGCUGCCUUUAGGAAGCUGUGCAAGUGUGAAGCAAAGAGUGCUGAGAACCCUGUGUCAUACCACAACCCCGUGUACUACAGUGUUACGAAGGACCAUUUCCAUGAUAGCUCCGAUCACAACACUGAACAAGAAGAUCUGAGCAUUCUCCCUGUACCUGCAAAGAAGAACAAGCCUGACAAAUAAAUCCUGGGACCCUUAAACAGUGCAGGCAGUGGGAUCUAUGCAGCUGUAUGAACUGUGUUG